GAGUACUGUACCAAUAUUCAUAUCUCAAUGGAUGAUUGUGACCUGGUAAUAAAACUUAUCACGCAAAUGACAAAAGCUUUCAAGCAUGAGGAUGAUAGGGUGGUUAAAUUUUUAGAAUGGACAUCUGAAUAUUUUGCUCACCCAGUUACAAAACUACCACUUCCACAAACUAGUCAAGAAGCUGAUAUUGGAGCUUGUUAUUCUGUUGGAAUGCAUUCUUUCUGUCUUCUUAUUGGUGAAGCUAAAAAUGAAAUUGGGGAAGGACAUGGAUGUUCAUAUAUACAAGCAUGUGCUUCAUAUGCUAAACAGAUUGGUGCCAAUACAAAUAAUACAUUACGUAAAGGUCUCAACCCAUCUUUUAUUCUUUAUCUCUCUGGUCCUUACCUGGGUAUUGCUGGUGCUGUUUUUGGAAAAGAUUUUACAAUAGAUCCUCUUACACAUGUCCUGCCACUUCUUUAUUUAAAGAAUGAUCCAGAAAUGAUGGUUUCUAUUACUCGUGCUUUUAAGGCAUUAAAAACUGUUCUUGUUGAGCUAAAAAAUUAUUAUUCAGGAUUUCAAGUAACACAACACAUUGAUAAUUUAAGUCUUCAACGACCAGCCAGUUUCCCUUAUCUUUCUUCAUUUAAAAUGGAUGAUAACAGUGAUAUCAAAUUUAUUUAUAAAGAUCAACUAUGUGAUGGUAAAUUA